AUGAUCUACAGUAUAAUGCUCGGCAACCAUUGUCGGGAGUCAGUGAUGAAAAAUUAUACCGCAAUAACUACAUUCAUCUUGGUGGGACUAACAGAUGACCCAAUUCUAACGAUUCUGCUUUUCAUCUUUUUGUUCCUAACCUACGUAUUGAGUGUUGUGGGAAAUCUGACCAUCAUCACGCUGACCUUGGUGGAUUCCCACCUUAAAACACCUAUGUAUUUUUUCCUCCGGAAUUUUUCAAUCUUAGAAUUCUCUUUUACAACUGUCUGCAUUCCCAGAUUCCUCUACACGAUGGCAUCUGGGGACAAUACUGUUACAUACAAUGCGUGUGCCACUCAAUUGUUUUUUGUGGUUAUCCUGGGGACAACUGAGUUUUUUCUCCUGACUGCCAUGUCCUAUGACCGCUAUGUGGCCAUCUGCAAGCCUCUGCACUACACAACCAUCAUGAACCACAGCGUCUGCCUGAGGCUCCUGAUUGGCUGUUGCUUGAUUUCCCUCAUCAUUGUGCUCCCUCCGUUUGGCAUGGGUUUCAAUCUAGAGUUCUGCAACUCCAAUGUCAUCGACCACUUUGGCUGUGAUGCUGCUCCCAUUCUGAAGAUCACCUGCUCCGACACAGAGCUUUUAGAGCGGUUUGUCUUGAUUCUGGCUGUGUUGACCCUCCUUUUCACCUUGGUGUGUGUGAUUAUGUCCUACACAUACAUCAUCAAAACUAUUCUCCGAUUCCCUUCCGUCCAGCAACGGAAGAAGGCUUUCUCUACCUGCUCGUCCCAUAUCAUUGUGGUCUCUAUCACUUAUGGAAGCUGCAUAUUCAUCUACGUUAAACCAUCUGCCAAAGAAGGAGUAGCUAUUAAUAAGGUGGUAUCUGUGCUUACCACCUCAGUUGCCCCGGUAAUGAAUCCUUUCAUUUAUACUCUGCGGAACAAACAAGUGGUCCAAGCUUUUAAAGACUUGUUAAAAAGGUUUGCAUCUAUCACCAAGAACUAA